GCCGUGUCGAUGUGCUGAAGGUGAUGUUGAGGGUGAACCCACAGCCCGUGAAGAUCAAAGACAGCGUAGGCUGCACCGCACCUGUCAAGCUGCCCGUCGAGGUGGUCAAUGCUCGUGACUCUGACAGAACGGGAAGACGCCUCUGGAUGUUUCUCUUGCCCUUGCCAAGAACAGACCGUCAGUCGUCGUAGCGAUCGUUGCCGUGGCUUGGGACGUGAUUAUGGAGCUGCUGGGAGGAAGCGACGAAAAGCUCGAUCAGGUGGUGAAGCCUGAGGGUCUUCAAGAGGUGGUGCCCUUGACGAAGGCCUUCCUGAAGGAUCGCUCUGAGUCGCCGGGCCUCGACAGCCUUCGGUUCUGUGCCUUCUUUCGCAAGCUGAUGGAGUUGCGACCCAAAGACUCCCUCACCGAUGAAUUUGCCAAUAUUUCAAACUGGCAGGAGGUAUUAAUGAAAGAAACAGCUUCCUCAUCUUCUGCAUUUGAUUGUCCAAUCGCUUCAUGCAGGCCCUCACAGCCAACUUCUGUGGCGGUACAGCAGAACAAGGCUUCGAACAGUCACUUUCGGGCAGAGAGAGAGAGUGGUUUGCUCUGCUCGAAUCCUUGGAACCCCUGCAAGUCGUCACACAGGGUAACUCACACAAGAGCAUUGCCCCCUCUCGGUCUGUCCGUUGAUGUCUCCUUUUUCUGCUGCCUGAUUGAGACAGCCAACUGCAUCUCUCUCGUCACAAAGCAUUGGAAUCCAAACUCUUUUCAGUUCGGGCCCCGUGAUGUCUUCAUGACUCGCGUGCUGUCAAUGCUGCUGAUGUAAGACGGCAGGCAUGCACCACGAUUAAGGCAGAGAGACACACGGCAUGUCUGUGUGUUGCAGGGUGGCGUAUGUGCUGCUGCACAUCGAGUCGAUCAAGGGAGACAGCGUGAUUGAGGUGGCCGUAAUGGGCCAGUCGGUGUGGCUGGGGGGAGCACUGCUGACGGGCAUAGGGUUUCUUGUUCAGGAACUCUUCGAAGUAAGACAGAUGGGGGAGACAUGACUGAGAAACGAUGACAUGUAUCAUCCUCUGUGUGAUUUCUGUGUGUGUGCAGGGCAUCCGUCUGAAAGCAGCGUACUGGGAGGACUCAUGGUACGCGUCAUUCUCCCUCCUGCCAGACUCAUCCCUAUGCCCCUUCGUGCACAAAUUUAGGAAUGCCAUCGACUUCGCUUGUUCCCUAGCCCUCGUUGCCUUCCUCGUUAUCCACUUCUCUGGCUGGUCGUCGGACGCGGAGGUCGGCUCAGGGAUCCUCAUAGCGCUGCUCUUUGCGCUGCGUCUCCUCCAAACCGCCAGCCUGCAACCAACUGUCGGGCCACUCAUACUGUCAGUGAGCCGAGAGCCAAAGAGACACACACAGAGAGGGAUGUCUGAUGCUGUGUGACGGGUAUUUGUGUCAGUGCGGUGAUGAGGAUGUUUUCGGACAUCAGCAUGUUUCUGUGUGUGUACGUCUACAUCCUGCUGGUCUUCGCGGGCGUCUUCACCCUCCUCUCGUCCGACGAAGACCACCAGUACUUCGGCUCCUUCGGCCAGGCCAUGCUCACACUGUGCGGAUGGGACCUCAUGAGAAGACACACAGGGGAGAGAGACACCUGCCUCUUUCCGUCUUCUGUGUUGUGCAGUUUCUACGCCAAACAGGGUGACUUCAAUGACGCGUUGAACAACGCCAUAGAGAGCCACAACACGCUGGGGGCCGUCCUGCUGUUCACAUACGUCAUCCUCUCCUCCAUCAUACUCGUACGUCGCACCACUCAUCUAGGGCCGCUCAGCAACGAGAGUAUCAUGCCAUUUCUUGUCUCUCUCUCUCUCCCUCUCUCUGCCGGCGUGCAUCGAUAGCUCAACCUGCUCAUCGCCAUCAUGGUAAGACAGACACGAGAGUGUGUCCUUUAGGGGCCACAUGCAUGUGAUCAAUGUUCAUACAUGCGUGUGUGUGCUGUGUGUCAGGCGUCCACAUUUGAGGCCAUCAAGGAAAAACAAGCCGCUCAGUACCAGUGAGUCAAAGAGAUGUCAGAGGCACAUAAGGCCUCUCUCUCUCCCUCUGUCAAUGAGUGCAGGCUGCUGCGCAUCCGCGUCUUGAAUGAGUACCUGACAAUGCCCCAUCACGAGCGCCUGCCGCCGCCAUUCAAUCUCAUCGGUCAGUGCGACAAGAGACAUGGACUGCAUCCAUCACAUGUGAGCGUCUGUGUCUGUGCAGCUGUGGUCGUGUCGGAGCCCCUGCGAUACCUCGCAUCCCUCAUCAGCGAAGAACGGAGAGAGCAGUCGACGCUCUGCUGCAUUGCCUUCUGGUGGAUGAAGGCCCUCUACUCCACCGUCGACGGACUCCUUUUCGCCGUCGCCUUCACACCUGUGGCCAUCUACAAAACGCUGGAGGGGGUCGUCAAAUUGCUGCAGGAGACAACUCUAUUUGUGGGUAUCUUUACAUUUGUCGGCCUACCCUUUUCCAUCCUCCUGAUGCCCCUUAUCCUUCUCUGCACAUACGCCCAGCGAGUGAGGGUCAAAAGACAAGUCACAUGAGACAAACAGCGGCUCUGUCUCGUUUCUCUGGCGUGGUCGGGUAGGAGUCGUUGUUCACUUUUGACGCCACCGAAAGUGACAGUCUGGAGAUGGCACGAGAAUCAUUCAAGGACGGCAUCGACAAGUGGAUUGAGAAGGCGGAUCAUCACGACAAGAGCGUCCCUGACGUCAUGACAGGUGAGACAGGACCCACAGGCAGGCAGGUAGCAAGGUGUCUCACGAGGAGGGCGUCUGUGUCUGUGCCUGUAUUGCAGUCCUCAAAGCCGAGAUCCAACCAGGUGCCCAUAACGACUCUGCUCAUAAGGACUCUGCUCUCGAUCCAUCUCGGCUGCUCUUUUUCGAUUUACUGCAGCACUCGAGCACUUCCAAGCGUACGUCGAAGAUGAGAUUCACUCUUCUCAAUCCGAAAUGCUUGCAGGUGAUGCUUGAGCAAGAACUGAGCAAUAUUCCGGUCAAUCCAUCUCGACUUCUCUCUCUUGUUCGAACGUACCAGUUGUGCAACAGAUGGACAAGCGGCAAGCGGAACUGGAAGCAUACAUCAAGGCGAGGAUCAAAUAGGCGGCGUGGGACAUCGGAUCGACUGCACGGCCUCUGAAUCAAUCAAAUGUGACCUUGCGGACGUGUCACAAUGUGUGUAACGCGCUUCAAGGUCUCGAUCUACAUAUGCAGAC